CGUAAUUGCAAUGUAUGCUCCACAACAGCGCGUGUUUUCUUCUACGUGUGUUAUUUCAAGAGCAGCGCUGUUUGGAGCUUUACUCUACAUUUGAACGGAAGUUAAAAUGGCAGAGGGCAAUCCACGUGGUCCUAAUAUUUUGAUAACAGGCACUCCAGGGACCGGCAAGACUACCCUGGGGUCUGAGGUGUCACAGAGGGUGGGCUUCAACUACAUCAACGUCGGCGAUGUUGCCAAGCAGCAUGACUUGUAUGAUGGCUGGGAUGACAAGUACCAGUGCCCAGUCUUGGAUGAGGACAGGGUGAUCGAUGAACUGGAGGAGGUGAUGUCAUCAGGCAGGAAUGUGGUGGACUAUCAUGGCUGCGACUUCUUCCCGGAACGCUGGUUUGAUAUUGUCAUUGUACUGAGGACAAACAACCACGAACUGUACGAAAGACUGGAAAAAAGAGGUUACAGUGGAAAGAAGUUGGAAGAGAAUAUUCAAUGUGAAAUUUUUCAAACCAUCUUGGAUGAGGCUCGUGAAGCCUACAAACCAGAGAUUGUUCAUGAGGUGCCCAGCAACACCCCUGAUGAAAUGGAAGAUAAUCUGGAUAAGAUAUCAGCAUGGGUUCAGGAGUGGAAUAUUUCCCACUAGCACACAGGGAGGCUGGCUGUGUGCUGGCUCCAACUUGUCAAAUGUACUGCAGAUAUCUUGACAGACUCGAGACUUUUUUAGUCUGUCUGAAAACUAACAUGCCGGAUGGGAUAUGAAACCCAUCUUGUUUCUUUGAUAUGGGCAGGUCCACUGCUUGACGGAUUAUCACCAUGACCGGACUAGUCACUGUCCACCAUGAGCUCAAGUUUUCAGCCCUCAGUUUUCACAUCUCUGUAUGGCAGCUACAAACAUCACCAUUUUGUCGGCUUGUCAUUUGGAAGCCUAGAGGAAGUGAUGUAGGCUAACUAUUGUAGCAGUUACCACGACGAUGUUGAUGAUGAAGUAAUAACCAUGAUAACGUUAUAUGUGAUUGUAUGACCCCAGUGUGCUGAUCAUGUUGUCAGAAAUCACUGCACAGAAGCUGCCGCUUCCUCUUGCUUCCUGCCUGCAAUGAGAGGACGCCAUGGAAGGAUAAGGUGGCCAAAAUGUCUGCUGUUUCUAGCAGAGGCAGUUAAUGGGGGUAAGGUGGCCAAAAUAUCUGCUGACCCGUGACUGUGCUUGUCGUAAGAGGCGACCAACGGGGUCGGGUGAUCAGGCUCGCUGACUUGGUUGAUGCAUGUCAUCUAUCCCAAAUGCGUGGAUCGAUGCUCAUGAUCAAUCACUGGAUUGUCUGGUCAAGACUCGAUUAUUUACAGACCGCCGUCAUAAAGCUGAAAUAUUGCUGAGUGCAGCAUUAAACAACAAACAACAAAAUGUCUGCUGUUACUAGCUGUUACUAGCAGAGGCAAUUAAUGGGGGAUUAUGUGGUCAAUUGUCAACACAUCAUUACUUUAUCUGCAUAUUUACCAUGAUGGUAGGCUUGCAGUGCUCUGGAGUGAAGUUUAGUGUCGGAGAGUGAAAUGUACAAGCUGUUGAUAUAACGGGGAGAAGUAUUUAGGAGUCUUGUAUAAAUCUUUAUAGACUACCAGUAUGCAACUCUUAUAUUGACUCCCUACAAGCAUGUCGAUGAGUAUUUGUGAUUAUCUGACCACAUUAGGGUUGGACUUUGUUGUUGUGGAAGCUACAGAUGCUGGGUGUGGGUUGAUGGUACCAGAUAAUCGGAGACACUGCUGGAGAUUUGGCUUCUAGUAACUUUCAAGCUUUUCAUUGUUUUCAGUUUCAUCUGAUAGAAGAUACAAGAGAAUACUGAAACAUGAUUAAGAGAGUGUAUAAUGGCAUAUUCCUUUCCCUUGUAGAAUGAGCAUGUUGUAUGAUUUGUUGUUCAUGUUGACAUAGUUCAAGUUUUAUCAUCUCAGAAACUGUGUCCAGGCUAGUGUUUGGACUGGUUUAAAGUUUGAAUGAAGAUUUACGCAUUUCAUUUGGAACAAAAGGACUUGAUGUGAUCAGGGCCUAUUAGCCUUCUGGAAAUCUCAAAUUUUAAGGUUUUUGAAAACUUUGAAAUAUUUUUAUGAAAAUUAUUGUGUAAUUCUCAUUUAUGUUAACACCUCUGAUAAUUUUCAUAAUGAUAUCUAUUUAAAAGAUUUGGUCAUUUCUUAAAUUAUGCUGAUCUUGUCAGUCAUAAUGGAUCCUUAUGCUUUGUCCACACCUUGAAUUCAAACAAUAUAUUUUUUAUUUGUUUUUCUCAUACAAAGAUCUUUCGAGAAGCCCAUAUUGGUAUGUUGAGUGUGUUGUUGAUUUGUGAUGAAAAGUCCACAUUAAGAAAUAAAUAGGAUCAAAGUGGA